GUGUAUGGCACAGCCCAUCUCUGGCAUUUCUCCAGGUCCAGGUCUGUUUUAGUGCUGUCCAGGGGUCAAAAACUGACCAUACCUCCUUCUGAAGCGCUCACAGUCCGGCCUGCCUCCCCGAAGCCAUGCAGGACUCCGAAACUCUGCUCAAACUUCUCUACUGCGUAGGUAUCAUGCAGCAAGUGACCUUAGUAUUGGGUGACCCCACUCAAGGUGACCUCAACUGUCCUGAACACAAAUCUCACUGUGUCCAAGAGUCACAGGAAAAAGACGUGGGAAAAGGAGCAAAUGUUGCCAUCUCUGGUUCUGCCUCUGUUGCAAUGGUGGAAAUUGAGGAUAAAAAUAAAAAAGUGAGCCAACAUAUGAUGUCAUUUCCUUCGUCACCUGAUGAUUUAAGUGUACCAGGGGCAAUUUCAGAUUCGCAGACUCUAGCAAGUGGAUCUUUGGAAAGAUUACCUAACCUAGAGAUGGUAACAUUGAGGUGCCUAGCUGAUACUACAUAUGAAACGGAAUCUGAAUGGACUGAAUCAUCUGGUUUUUACCAAGAAAAGGCAAUUGAAGAGUCCACAGGGGUGCUUGACCCUGAACGCAAGUCUCAACCUCGGACCAUGAGGGCGAGAAAUAUUAAUUCAACAGCACGUGGAUACGUUCCACAAUCUGAAGAGUCUUUCAAGAUGAGCACUGCAGUCAAAUCAGAGGUCAAAGGUCAAACCAAGAAGGAGCCCUUGCCGACAGCACAGUUAUCUGUUUCAACUCUGAAGAACAGUACAGCCUUUUCAAUGAACACAGCCACAAAUGUCCCUCUGACUGAUAUUUUAGAUACAGCCAAUGACAAGUCACUGACAAAAUCCAUUGAGGAUUCAAUCACAAGUGGUUCACCUCAAAACCUGACCAAUGUAACGGAAACCAGCACCGGCAGCACCUCUGUCAGUAAAGUAAAGUCACAGGAGAAGAAUAAAGAAAUCAGAGUGACUUUCAACCCUGGGGAAGCUAGUACUGCACUGAGAGAGAGAGAGCAAGAAAAGAUAAAAGAUACAGAUGAGACUUCACAGAUUAGACGUGAACAAAAAGCAUCUGUGAAUGGAGAAUCAGAAACUGAUGAUUGUUAUUCAGGUGCUAUUGCUGCCUGUCCAGGACGUCCUACCACUGCACCAAGUACAACAACAGAGAACCACUCCAAUCAGAUGCACAGAAACAUACACAGAGAAGGAAGUCUAGUACGAACACUGGGUUUCAGAGGGCCAAGGGGGUAUCCAGGCCCACCUGGCUUACCAGGCCCUCCAGGUGAAAAAGGAGACAAAGGCUACGCAGGAGUGAUGGGCCGGACGGGCCGCACAGGGGACAGAGGACCGCUUGGACCCCCCGGCAUGCCAGCUAUCAUAGUCUGGGACACGUCAGAAGAGGAGUGGCAGGUGUUCAAGAACAAGAAAUUCUACAAAAAACUACUGUCAUUGUGGCCGAGAGUGAAGGGAUUACCCGGACCUUUGGGACCACUUGGAGAUCCCGGACCACACGGCCCCCCUGGAGUUCCAGGCAAACAGGGGAGGAAGGGAGAGCGAGGGAAACCUGGAAGAUCAGGAUCUGUUGGAAUGCCAGGACCACCUGGGAGAUCAGGACCAGAGGGCACAGCUGGGAAGAAUGGGGAGACGGGCCAACCUGGAGCACCUGGGGAGGAUGGCCCAAAAGGUUAUGAGGGAGAGAAGGGCAGUAAAGGGGAGCUGGGUGAGUGGGUAAGAAUGACCAGGUUUUUUUUGUGGAUAAUACCAUAGCUAGGCAGUCAUGGAAUCUGUGUCUGCAAAA